GUCUUUGCAAAGCUGGUAUAAAGAUAAGAAUGUAAUGCCCUCCCAAAUCCAAAAAGUUUCCUUCCUUUCUUACCACCAAGGCUUUUGGUUCUUCUCUUUCCUUUCCUACAGUUUCAUAUUCUCUUUCCUACAGUUUCAUUCACUGAGCGAGACAACACGUCCUUUUCUAAAGACGCAAAGACAAGAAAGCUUUCUCUCAGCUUUCCCGAAGCGCUUAUUCCAUUCUUUUAGCACCGUGCUCCAGUUAAACUUCUUUCGCUAUCGCUCUUCCCCCACCAGUCAAAAUGGUCUGCUUCUCCCAGCUCUUCACCCUCCUCAUCGCGACCGCUGCCGUUGCUAGCCCUGUCGACAUUGCCAGCAGCGCCCUCGAGGCCCGGCAGCAGGGGUCCAUGUACGUUUGCCGUUCUGGCGCCAAUAACGACGGGCAGGCUUACGGCACCGUCGGCAUGGAUAAGGCCAUCGGCUACUACCGCCAGGCCGGCAUUAAGGCCGGCGCGAGCGGCUACCCGAAACCCUUUGGCAACGCCGGUAACGUUUUGAAGUUUGCCAGCGGCUGCGGCUCGGACGUUUAUGAGCUGCCGCUCCUGGCCAGCGGGAGCGCCUACCUCUACAAUCAAAAGAAGACAGGCAACCCGCCUGGGCCCAUCCGGGUUUACUACACCUCGGCCUUGAAGUUCUGCGGCAUCGGCGCUAAGGAGAACCCGAACGGCUCUGGUAAUCCCCACAACUGCCAGCUGGCUUAAUCGGCAAAGAGCCAUCUUUUUCCUGGGCUUCUCUUUUUGUUGCUGGACUUCUUUGGUUUUUAUUUGUUAUAAGCGCGUUUGCAUUCGUGUUAUUAAGGUGGAGAAUUGCACGCAUUACAAGCAAGCAUAGCGGGUAAAAGCAUAGCGUAGUAGCAUAACGUAUCAUCCUUUUAAGUGCCAAAGUGUACCAAAUUGCAGAUUUUAAA